UCCAUUCACUUAUUUCCAUGUCGCCAGAAUGUUGUGAGGGCCAUACUUUAUGAAGCAAAUAAUGCAAUCCUAGAGACGUCUGCUCAGAUGUAAACUCCCAUUGAGUCCAGUGGAGCUUACUUCCAGUCAAUCGCCCUGACGCCGGAGCAGAUCACCGAGUACAAGGGCAUCUUUGAGAUGUUUGAUGAAGAGGGGAACGGCUUGGUGAAAACGGAUGAGCUGGAGAGGCUCAUGAGCCUGAUUGGCAUCAACCCCACCAAGAGAGAGCUGGUGACGAUGGCAAAGGAUGUGGACAAAGACAACAAAGGCACCUUCAACUGUGAUGGGUUCCUGGUUUUGAUGGGGAUUUACCACGAAAAGUCAAAAAACCAGGAUGAAGAGCUAAGGGCAGCUUUCAAGGUCUUUGAUCAGGAGCACAAAGGCUACAUUGACUGGAACACCUUGAAGUACGUGCUGAUGAACGCCGGGGAGCCGCUGAACGAACAGGAAGCAGAACUCAUGAUGAAAGAAGCUGACAAAGACGGGGAUGGGACCAUUGACUACGAAGAGUUUGUGGCGAUGAUGACCGGCGAAUCAUUUAAAUUGACCCAAUAAGGCCCACUGGAAGAAAUUAAUUCUUGAUGUCAGAGUCCUGUCCCCCCUCUCUCUCGACCCAAGCGACUUUCCUUCUUGCAAUGUAAAUAGACAAAAGGGGCAAGACACCUAUGAUGUCUGUAGGUAACAUAAAAAGUAUUGGUGUACAGAUCUCCACAUCUCUACAGCAAGAAGUUUGCAAGCAAAGAGGAGUGAGGGAAAUCCAGUCCCAGCGUGUAUCUACAUGACAGAGUUAAAACAGGUUUAAAAGUGUAAUUCGGUCGUUCUGCAAAAAGAGCCAGGCUAAGCCACUUUACCAGAGGAUUCUCCUUCAGCUACAAUUCCCAUAAUUCUUCAGAGAAGACCCCGGAACUCCGACAGGCAUCUAUCCCAUAGAAA